AACACAGCGACUGACACAGAGGGCUGUUAACCAUAUGGUGAGUGGAGUCCAGCAGUACCAGGCAGUGUUGUUGGAACACCUUAAACAGCAAAUGUGCAGCUUGAUUGAAGGACAUUCUGGGGACCUGGAUGAACUAAGGAGUGGUGCAUUAGGGAUUUUUGACAAGUUUGUUGACCCUUUCAGUCAAAUUUCUUCUACUCAUUUGCAGAAUAAAACUAUCAAAGAACUGCUACAACCAGUUGAACCUGAGAUUGUUGUUGCAAAACAAACUGUAUGUUAUGUGAAACAUGGGGACUCCAGAGUUCUUUCCACCAAGGACCAUUGUUUUCAUUAUGUACCGCUGGUGAAAAGUUUGGAGCAACUGCUAUCCCAUCCGAGAGUUCUUGCAAUGAUUGAUGAAGGGCAACAGCAAUGCAAUGAUGGCUUUUUUCAAGAUUUUGUUGAUGGAGACAUUUUUAAGUCACACCCACUGUUUUUGAAAGUUCCUAAAGCAUUGCAGUUGAUUUUUUAUACAGAUGAAAUUGAGCUAUGCAAUCCUCUUGGAUCACGGUCAAACAAAAACAAAUUGUUAAUGAUUUAUUACACCUUAGGUAACAUCAGCCCUAAAUACAGAUCAAGACUUGCUGCAAUUCGUCUUCUUGUCAUGGUAAAAUCAAAAGAUCUUUCUCGUUGCGGUAUUGAUGCAAUAUUUGAGAGAAUUCAACAUGACUUACUCAAGCUGUGUGAUGGUGUGCAGAUUAAUACUGCAAAUGGUGAGAGGACAAUUUAUGGAGCACUUCUGUCUGUAUGUGGAGACACACUAGCUCAGCAUGAAGUGGCUGGAUUUAAGGAAGGAGUAGGGUUUGCCUAUAGUAAAUGCAGGCACUGUGAGUGCAACUUUGAAAACAUGCAGAAACAAUUUAAUGAAGAUAUGUUUGUUAAAAGGACAAUGGCAAACCACAACAAGCAAUGUAACGACAUUGAAAAGGCAACCACUGACUUUCUGAGAGAGAGUCUAAAAACAACUUAUGGUGUAAACAGGAGAAGCAAAUUAACAGAAUGUCCUUACUUUGAUAUAAUCAAUCAAACCCCACAAGAUAUCAUGCAUGUUAUUCUUGAAGGUGUUGCCCCAUAUGAAAUCAAAUGUGUUUUAAAACAUCUUGUGUUGUCAGGGCAUAUGGACUUGGAUACAUUUAACAGCGCAAUUGUUUCUUUCCCAUAUUCCCCCCUAGACGCAAGGGACAAACCUUGCCCCAUAUCUUUCAAUACAUUGUCAUCAAAUGACAACAAA